CCUAAUUUACUCAUUCAAAACGAUCAUUCCCAUUCAUCUAAAUUCCAAAUCCACUGUAAUUUUAACCACCACAAAACUUUUCAUCAUGCAUAAUACCAAGAAGUGCAGAUGCAACAAAAGCUUGUUAAAGUCCAUUAUCCGCUCCUAUGCUAAAUGCAAAGGUGGCGGCGACAACGGCAUUAAGGGAAAAUUGGCCAAGAAAAUUCCCGAAGAGAGAGACAAGUUUUUGGGCAUCAAGUGUCUGCAUGGCAAGAAGAUAGUUGCCCAGAUCAGCGUUAACAGUAUAAUAGGUGGAAUGCGAGGACUUCCCCUCCUUUAUUGCGACACCUCCAGCCUCGACAAAGAGAAAGGCAUUUCCUAUCGCGGAAAAUUGCUAAAGGAUGUAUGUGCCAAGCUGCCACGAGUUAAAGAGGGCUCGCAGGAGGGCACACCGGAGGGGUGUUUCUUUCUGCUGACCACCGGAUCGAUGCCCAAAAAGAAGGAGGCCGAAGAGGUCACCAAGGAGUGGUUGAAGCGUGGCAAGGUUCCGCCCUAUUGCCUAAAAAUGAUUGACGCCAUGGACAAGCGAAUUCACCCUAUGGCCCAGCUGUGCGCCGCCUGCUCUUGCCUCAAUCCGCAUAGUAAGUUUCUGGAGGCAUACAACAAGGGGGCAAAAAGGGCAGACUACUGGAAGUUCAUAUACGAGGAUGCAAUGAAUCUGUGCGCCAUGUUGCCAACCGUGGCGGCGGUCAUCUACAACAACGUAUUUAAGAAUGGCGAGGGCUGUCGGGAUCUAGACCAGGAACAGGAUUGGUCUGGCAACUAUUGCCAAAUGCUCGGACUGCCGGAUAAGGAUUUCAUUGAUCUCAUGCGGCUCUAUAUGGUCAUACAUGCAGAUCACGAGAGCGGCAAUGUUUCCGCCCACACUGGCCACCUGGUUGGAUCAGCUCUCAGCGAUCCUUACCUUUCCUUUGCAGCUAGCAUGUGCGGCCUGGCGGGUCCACUUCAUGGACUGGCUAACCAGGAAGUACUCGUUUGGUUGACUAAGCUAAGAAAAGCUAUAGGCGAUGAGCCCUCGGACGAUGAAAUAAAGAAGUUUAUCGACGAUACGUUGAAAGGAGGACAGGUGAUCCCUGGAUAUGGCCACGCCGUGCUGCGACACACAGAUCCCCGUUUCGUUCUCCAAAACGAGUUUGCCAUGAAACACUGCAAGGAUGACCCUGGUGUGAAGCUAGUUACCCGACUGUGGAAGAUUAUACCAGAGGUGUUGAAGAGUCUCAACAAGGUGGCUAAUCCGUAUCCAAACGUAGAUGCCCACUCGGGUGUCCUGCUGCAACACUACUGUCUAAAGGAGAUGAACUACUAUACGGUCCUCUUCGGAGUUUCUCGAGCUAUUGGAAUUAUGGCUCAACUGAUUUGGUCACGUGCCCUGGGAGGACCCAUCGAAAGGCCGAACUCCUUUUCCUCGUCCAGUCUCUGCGGACUUAUCGAAGCAGCGGACAAGAAGGAUGAUAAGAAAAAGAAAAAGUGCUGAACACUAAACAGGUUAUCAAACCAAAACAAUAGCUAGUUGUGAAUCUGAAAGAAUAGUUUUAAAAUAAAUAUAACCAUCUCCAACAACAA